AUGACUCACAUAUGUGAAAUUUGCAAGAAAAGCUUCCCUGUGAUUAAAGAGUUGAAACAGCACUUAAAGCAGACUCACAAACGUGGCUUAUACAAGUGCAAAUAUUGCGACUUCACAUCUAACGACAAGCAUGACUUGAAAAGGCACGAGGAACAGAAGCACACGGAUAAUUAUGCAUAUCCGUGCCCGCAUCCUGCCUGUAAUAGAAAGUUCAAAACUCAGAAAUAUCUGGACAAUCACAUAGGAAAUAUUCAUUGUAGAGAGGAAAGCGACCAGCAGAAAUUAUUCAGCCAAAAAAGUAAUUUGAAGGAUCACAUAGGACGGAACCACAUGGACGAUAUCUAUGCGUGUACUGAGACCGGCUGUGAUAAAAAAUUCAGAGCGGUGCGAGAUCGGGAUAAACAUAUACGAGAUGCUCAUAAGAACCAGGAGGAGAAGAAGGAAAGCGGUAGUCCGCAACCGGGACCGUCCUGGAAGAGUGACACUCCCAAGAGCGGCAAACAUUCCAAAAAGAUCAGCAAAAAGAACGUAAGAGCGCCUUACUCAUGCAAUAUCUGCAAAAAAGGUUUUAAUAAGACAGAAGAGUUGAAACAUCAUCUCAGUGCCGAUCAUGGACAAGAUAUGCUCUGCUGCGAAACAUGCGGUUUCACAUGCUGCGGCAAGAAAUUCAAACUCGAGAGGGAUAUGACGAGACACAAAAGGGAGAAUCACUCGAAUAAGCCGUACACGUGCAAAAAAUGUGGUCAUGUAAGUUCUAGUUUGUCAGAGCACCGUGCACACAAGUACAUACACUUAAAAAGAAAGGUAGCCUGUCAAAUCUGUGGGAAGAAGAUAUCCAAUCACGAAUUAUCUGCACAUUUAAAGAGACAUGGUGAGAAGACAUUUGCUUGUUCUACCUGCGGUAAGAAGUUUCAUAGGGGAACACAAUUGCAACGGCACAGGUUAACUCAUUCGCGUCAAAGACCCUAUGCCUGCAACAUUUGCAGCGCGGCGUUUAUGGAGCGACAGGCUUUAGACACUCACAGGAGGGACGAACAUCCCGAUGCAUCUCCAAUCGAAUAG